AUGGUUCAAAUUAUGGGCAAAGAAGUCGGCCCUACGGGCUUUGGGCUAAUGGGAUUCACCUGGCGAGCUCAGCCAUGCCCACAGGAACAGGCAUUCGAGGCUAUGCGGGAGGCGUUACAGCAGGGUGCUGUCUUCUGGAACGGGGGCGAAUUUUAUGGUACUCCUGAGUACAACAGCAUGGUCCUCCUUGAGCGAUACUUUGAGAAGUACCCUGAGGAUGCCGACCAGGUCAUAUUAAGCAUCAAGGGAGGCCUAAAUCUCCAAACCCACCAGCCCGACGGGUCGCCCGAGGGAACACGAAGGUCCAUCGAUAACUGUCUCCGCCAAUUGAACGGGCGGAAGAAGCUUGAUAUGUUUGAGUUUGCUCGCCGAGAUCAGAAGGCGGAUAUGAAGGAGACAUUUACCAUCAUUCAGAAGGAGUACAUCGACACGGGCAAAAUUGGAGGUAUCUCGCUUUCUGAGGUCCGAGCGGAAACAAUCCAUGAAGCUGUCAAGCACGCUAAGAUUGUAGCCUGUGAAGUCGAACUGUCACUGUUCUCUACAGAUGUGCUGCAUAACGGUGUUGCAGAGGCUUGCGCUCAGUACGGCAUCCCACUUGUUGCUUAUUCUCCGCUAGGUAGGGGAUUUCUCACCGGUGAAAUCAAGACCUUUGACGAUAUCCCCAAAGAUAGCUUCUUAAGGGGGAUGCCGCGUUUCCAGCCGGGAGGAAACUUCGAGAACAACAUCAAAUUAGUGCACGAGGUUGAAGAGCUGGCGAAGAAAAAGAGCUGCACCCCUGCUCAACUUGCCAUCAGCUGGGUGAGAGCACUCAAUGGUCGCCCGGGUUUGCCAACCAUCAUCCCUAUACCUGGCGCUACUCGCGCGGAACGCGUAAGAGAGAAUUCCAAGGUGGUGGAACUAACGAGCGAAGAAAUGAAUGCAAUCGAUCAAAUCCUCAAUGGGUUCAAGCCAGUAGGCGCUCGUUACCCCGACUCUGUUCCUAUGGAGACAUAG